AUGAAUCCAAUGCAAGGGCCACGGAGUACUGGUAGUUCAUCUACUGAAGUGAACCAGGCAGAUGGUGAAUCAAUUUAUAUCACAGAGAACAUACUGAAUCCAGCUCACAAUGAAUUUCCAAACAACAGUACACCUUCAGGACGGCCAAAUUACGCAAGUUCGAGUUCUCAUGCUGCUCAAAGUCAUCACUGGUGGAGGUUUGGGGAAUCCAGCUCCAUGUCGGGGUCUUCUGACCAGGUUAAUUCCAUUGGAAUGAAGACGAAUCAGCUGCCCCAUGAUGGUGCUCAUCACUUUGUUGGCUAUGGAUCUGAAGGAAGGCAAAUAGGUUUGAAUGGUAUGAUGGUACAUGGAGGGGUUCAAGCUGGCAGCCACAUCAGAAAUGGACCGUCUUUCUUGCGCGGUUCAAGCUCUAAUCCUAUGCCACAACAUCUAAAUAUGAGCAUGGACAUGGACAGCAAUGGCUGUGGUGCACAGACUUCCGGGGUAGUUAUCCGUCAUAAUAACUCUGGGAGUUCAUUAGGAAGCUCAAUUCAGGCCGCUGGGGAGAGCAGCAGUGGUUCAGCUUCUUCGUUUAGUAGUUGGGGUUCGUCCUGCAAAAGAAAGGCUCUUGAAGGAUCCCCUAGUCAUUCUUUUUCUGGUGAAACUCCUGACUGCGUUGUUCAGACUGAGAAUGGUGCUUCGUAUGCAGGUCUUGCUCAGUAUGGUGCUUCAAGUAGCUUAAGUUUGACUACACCAUCACAAAGUUCUCCAAAUGUUACUAAUCAUUUUGGCCGCACAGAACAAAUGUUUGGAUCUAGUGGUGGAAGAGCUGUUGCAGCCAAUGCUUUUCAUUCUACAAGAAACACUGACACCUUAUCUAGACCUGGAAGACGAUCAAAUCCCAGGCAGCCUCAGGAGGCUGUAGCAUUCAGCAUAUCACACGCUGGAAGUUCUGUGCGUCCCACUGGUUCGUUGCAGCAGAAUUUACCAUUAAACUCUCCUUUUGUAGAUCCUUUGGAUGUGAGAUCAACAUCAAUUACUAGUGGCUCGAGCACUGGUGAGAAUCAGACAAAUAUAGUCCACCUUCCUGCUUUGACCAGGAAUAUACACCAAUUUGCUUGGGAUGCUUCUUUCAGUUCGAGGGCCAGCAAUUCUUCUGGUAUUGGGAUGCCUUCAGAGCGAUUUGGACCACAGUGGGAAACACCGAGAAGCAAUCCAGAGCAGCCCAUGUUUGCACCUGCAACUGAUUUGAGAAAUCCGGUGCAUGAUCAGUCUAUUUGGAGUUUCACACGUGGAAUUCCUGGUUCAUCUACAGAUUCUCCCUUUGUUCCUCGAGCAGGGCCGAGUUCAGCCGUUCAUGCGCUGCAGCCCAAUCCCACAUGGAUUCCUCCUCAGAGUGUCCCUCCACAUAAUCCAUCGAGAACACCAGAACUUUCUCCUUGGUCUUUAUUUCCUAGUAUUGAAUCUCAACCUGCUAGUCAUGGUGCGUCUCUUCCCUUGUUGCCCACAGGUCCUUCUGUUUCCUCAAAUGAGAUGGCAAUGCCUUCUGGUUCUAAUAGCCGGAGCCAUCGCUCAAGGCAAAGAAGAUCAGGGCUGUUAUUGGAGAGACAGAAUGAUCUUCUCCAAUUGCGUCACUUAGGGAGGAGCUUAGCUGCUGACGGUGAUGGAAGGCAUCAGCUCAUCUCCGAGAUACGUCAGGUUCUGAAUGCCAUGAGAAGAGGGGAAAAUUUACAGAUUGAGGAUUACAUGGUGAUCGAUCCACUUAUCUACCAGGGUAUGACUGAAAUGCAUGAUAGGCACCGGGAAAUGCGCCUUGAUGUUGACAACAUGUCCUACGAGGAGCUAUUGGCACUUGGGGAACGCAUAGGAGAUGUGAGUACUGGGCUAAGGGAAGAGGUGAUUUUGAAAACAAUGAAACAGCACAAACAUACAUCUUCUUCUGCGGAGUUGCAUCCGGACAUAGAGCCUUGCUGUAUUUGUCAGGAAGAUUAUGCACAAGGUGAUGAUCUUGGGACCUUGGAAUGUGGUCAUGAAUUCCACAAAGACUGUAUCAAGCAAUGGAUCAUGCUCAAGAAUCUCUGCCCCAUUUGUAAGACUGUGGCAUUAACAACAUAA